GCGCUACACUACACUACCGUAGUAUCUAUUAGUGCGCUUGCCAUAGCGCUACUUUUCCCCAAAUCCUCCUCCUUGCACUAUCAAAAUCUCUUCACUCUACCUCUCGCAUCAGCUACAACCCCCCUCCGUAGAAGCCAUGCACCCAACAUCUCGCCAACCAUGGCACAUAUACCGUGCAUGUUGUUGGGAGUUGCUUCUGGUCCAUUUACUGCAACAGGAUCUGCGUCCGAGAUGCGUCGUGCUAACCGGGCCAGGCGCCUCUACAUAGUACGUUGGCACAUGGACAAGCAUGGCCUGAGUGCAGUCCAUUGA